AAAAAAAAAAUCUUGUCUAUGUGGCGAUGGCUGUCAUCGAGUUUUAUUUUAUUAUUUUAGGAAAAUAGUAAAGAAGCUUUCAGUGAUCGUAGAAUGAUGAUAUUUUCGUGAAUCAUGUACAUGUUUUCUAAUAAUCUAAUAGUUGUAAGUGAAAUUGUUAUAUACCGGUAGUGAAAAACAGUUAGCGAUGAUAAGUAAAAAAGCUUAAUAAUUGACGACGAUGGCGUCUGAUGGAGAAAUUUCUUGUACGAAUGAUCCAAAUUUCGCCGUUAUUUACUCGUUCUUAAAAGUUUUCGGUGAACUGUACAGUAUAGAAGUACCUACGAUAGCUAAAUUACAAGAAUCGAUUGAAAACACGCAGGAAGUGUUGGAUCCGUUAAAAGAGCUCCACUUGAGAUUGUUGCGUCGUGCUCUCAAGUCCGUACAAAGCAAUAGAUGGGAGAGGUGCUUGAUUAAAUUUUGUCAUCAGCAAUCACAUCAUCAGGAGGCUUGGGAAAUAGAAAGGUUUUCGUAUAAAAAAGCUAGUACUCAAGUUAAGUUGCGAAUAUUGAAAUUAUUAUUAGAAUAUCAGUUUACAUGUCAUCCUAAAUUCAAAUCAGCGGUAAAUGCUAUAUCAUGCAAGGAUUUGAGAUUAGACCCCAUUGGACGGGACAAGAACGGGUGUGUGUACUGGCUUCAAGUAGACCAUGAGGCCAAUCUGUGUCUGUACAAGGAAGAUCAAGAUGAAGAGACUUGGCAGCUAAUAGCGAGCAAUCGAGAAGAACUAGUGAAAAUUAUAGGACAACUGAAAAGUGGUGAAGAGAUUACUUCAUCUGUUGUUUCAAAUAACAAUGAAGAUUCCAGUAGUACAGAAAUACCACCGCAGGCAAAGCCCGAUAAAUCAUCAGGUGCAGAUGAUGAAAAUGAAGAAGAGUUCCUAAGUCCAGAGUCUGAAUCUGAACAUGAUAGUGAUGAUCAAAAAGAACAAAACAAAUCAGUAAAGUCUCCUGAUAGUGUUUUAAAUAAACUAGAAGAAGUAUUGGACGAAAAUGUAAAUAAUGUAGAUAAUAAUGAUAAUGUAGAAACCACUGAAAUUGAUGAAGAUGUAAAAACUACUAAUACUAGUAAUGACGUAGAAAGUAAAACGGACGAAGGCGUAGAAAGUUCUAAACAUUGUGAAAAUGUAGAUAAAAAUGAAAACGACUUAGACCAUACUGAAACUGGAUCUAAUAAAGACCUAGACGAAACACAAACUGUUAAACACAUAGAAACUGGUAAUAGUGUAGACCAUUCAGAAGUCAGUAAUGCAAAUGACUCAAAAGAUGGUAAUGUAGAUAAGACAGAAGAAGGUAAUGAUUUGGAUAAUAUUGAACCCACUACUAGUACUGAAGUUAGUAAGGAUUUAGGUGAUAAGAGUAAGAAAAAAGACAUUGGAUUAAAUUGGAUGGAUAGUAAAAGCGUUAAAGAUGAAAAUACGGAAACAACUGAAAACAAUACCAAGAGUACACAAGAAUUUGAAUCUGCAACUGAAAUCAUCGAAGAAAAAGAUGGAGAAGCAGUAAAAGAAAUAACCGAAGAAUCAAUAGAAGAAGCAGUUGGAGAAGCAAUCGAAGAACCAUUAAUGAUUGUAACAGGUGAAGGAAAUGGUGCAGAUUGUGAGAGUUCUUAUUUUAUAGGGGAAGAAAUAUGUGAACCAGUCAUGUAUUUUUACGGAGAAGGUUGGGGGGCCGAUAACGAUACUGGUAAUCCAGAUGCAUUACAAUCAAAUAGUAAUAAGAGUAACGAGGAAAAUCCUCCUGGAGAAUGCAAUGGUGAGAAUCACGAUGUGUCAAAUACUACCCAAAAAACCAAAACAAGUAAAAGUAUUAAGUUAAAAAAUAAAUCAAUAAUAAAGAGAUCAUUCAAAAAACAAUCAAAUGACAGUACAGACAAUCUGAAAUCAGAUUGCAAGAAGCAUUGCAUAAGAGAGUUAGAUAAAUCAAAUGGAUCAAACUCUAAUUCUUUUACUGAAAGUGACACACGAAGAGAAAGCAUUGUUAAUGAUAAAAGCGCAACUGACUGUGAAAAUUUAAAAAAGGUCGGUAAAAAGAAAAUUAGAAGUAAAGUGAAAAAGAAACAGCUGUUACGAAAAGUUAAAAAGGACGAUAAGAAAGAGGCAAUCAAUUCUGUAUCAGAACCAGAAAAUUGCCAAAGUAACAAAACCAGUAUUAUAGAGAAGAGAAAAAGUAGUCUCUCUUCCGACCAGAGCGAAGACAACGGUGAAGAAGACGAAGGCAAGGUUUCUGACGAGGAAGUUAAGGCGGAAAAUGAUUUACCUCCUAAGAAAAUACGUUUAGAGACACCUGAACCAGAAACAGUAUCACAUUCCAAUGAAAUGGGUGACAAUAAAGAUGAAACAAUAUCAAAUGAAAAUAACGAAAACGAUAAUUCGAAUACAAACGUACAAAACGAUUCUAUAACUGGUAGGAAAAAAAUUAAAGCAAGGAAAGGCAAAUUGAAAGCAAAGAAAGUUUCGCAGAAGCCUUUAGAAGAAGAGAGUAAAGAUGACAAGGUCAAUAAUGAUAAGAAGGAAAGUAAAGGACUUAAAAGGUCGCUGUUAAAUGCAAAUGCAAGUGAUAAAAAUAAUGAAUCUCAGAGUGAAAGUGAGGAAGACGAACCUGCAACCCUUGGGAAGAGAUUGAAAAUAAAACCUAAAAAGAUAAAUACAUCAACUAGGAAAAAAGUGGAGGCAAAACACAUGACCAAAAGUUCUAGUGAAUCUGAAGAAGAAACUCUCUAUAGUAUUGGUAAGAAAUCAACAAAGAAAGUAUUAAAAAAGAAAACAAAAAGCAAAGAAAAGCAGAAAAUACAGUCACAGACCGAAGACCCCGACAUUACGCCCGUGCGACAGUCGCGUCGCAUCGCUCAAAUGAAGAUUAAAGAAGAAGCCGAGAGGAGGCAUAUGGAAGAAGUGGCUCUGCGGGAAAUGAAAAUGAUACAUAAGAAAAAAGAGGCGGAGGAUGAGGACGAGGAGUGGGCGGCCAGCGGCAGCAGCGAAGGCCCACCUCGCCGCCGCCCCGCCACCUGGCGCGCCGCCGACUCCACCGGGCCCGAGGACUCCGACUCCGACGAGCCGCUCUUCGAGCCCGACGAGCCCGACCUGGAUUUCAAUAAAUCCGAUCACGAAUUUUCACCGGAAUCCGAUUUGGAGACCGGCGAACCCGUGGAGCCUCUGAAGCGAGCAAGGACUUUACAAGAAGGCAAAGACGAGGGCUUCUGCAAACGUUGUGGUAGUGGCGAGCAGCCGGAGUGGAUUCUGUUAUGUGACUCUUGCGACUCCGGAUACCACGCGAGUUGCCUCAAACCCAUGCUGUUCUUGGUGCCCGAGGGGGACUGGUUCUGUCCGCCUUGUAACCAUGAAAUGCUUAUAACCGCUCUGGAGAAAGAACUGACUAAGUAUGACGAGCUCUUAGCUAGUGUGGAAGCUGAAAGAGCUCGUAGAAAGCUUGAGGAGCCAGAACCAGUUAGUGAAGAAGAAGAAAAACCUUCCACUGAGGAGAAGCAGGAGGAGGAAAAUUCAGAAGACAAUUCAGGCUCUGGCUGGUCGUCGGAGGGCGCGGUGUACCGCCUGCGCGCGCGCCGCCAGCUGCCCGUGUCGUACCGCGCGCGCGAGUUCGACCGCCUCAUCAGCUCCGCCAUCAAGGAAGAGUAUGUGGAACCGACAACGAGCGCGGGUAACCAGGGACGCGGGAAGGACAUAUCGACUAUAAUAGAGGCGGCCGAGGAAGAGAAGUUGAAAGCCGAACGAGAGGCUGUUGAACAGGGGAAGCAGAUAGAAGUGAAAAGGGUUAGGAAGAAACAGCGCAAGAAACAGCGCAAACUGAAUUCGCUUGAGGUUCCCUCUGAAGAUGAUGAUGAGACUGACGAAGACUUCAAGGACACAGGAAUGGAAUCGUCUUCAGAGGACAUAUCUUCAUCAGCGGAACGAGACAGUUCAACAUCUCGCUCAUCCGACUCACUGCCUAUUCGACGUGCGUGUAGACCAGAUAAAAAAGACCGUCAAAAGUUAGUGGAAUCUUCGCCAGAAGUUAAAAAGAAGAAGAAAGGUGUGUUCGAUGAUAGUUCAAGCGACGCUGAGGCUAAACAGAAACCUAAAAAGUGGCGCAGGCGCGGCCUGUCGCAGUACGACGCGCUCGGGAACGUGGUGCGCGCGCGCGUCACGUACGGCGGCCUCAGCGACGAGCCCAACGACUGGUCGCCGGCGCGCAACCCGCGCACGCGCCGCCGCAAGAUCGACUACACCGAGAUGCCCAACACCGAGUCCGAGGACGAAAUGCACAAAUCGAGCGGUAAACACAUGCCAGAUAGCUCUGACGAGUUCAAAGUUGACGAUUCCGACAUAACGUCAGACUCGGACUCGGACCGCGCGAAGAGACGCAAGGAAGAGGCACAGUCCAGCGAGGAGAAGAAAAAGGCUCUCUCUGACUUGAUCAGCAAGGAAGCCGUCGUGCCUUUGCAAAAGUUGCCCGAUGACGUCACUAAGAUCAAGACCGAGGAGUUGCAGGCGGCACUUGCGUUCGAAUCUCCCCAACCACAAAUGAGCACCACGCCGAGGCCUCUUCGCGGUCGCGGCAGCAGAGGUGGUCGAGGAAGCAGAGGGCCGCGCGGUCGUGGUCGCGGUAUGGCUGCUGGAGGCGACGACGCACUCUCUAAACUCGUGGGUGUUAAGAUUAAAGACUUGAAGCCAGAUAGUGUCCUGGGACCUAUGAGACCAAAUCAAAUGGAACGUGAGAAGAAGAGACAAGAACGCGAAGCAAAGCUAGCUGAAAAAGAAGCAAGGAAACAAGAAAGAAUACAAAAGAAAGAAGAGAAAGAGAAACUAAAGGAAAUGAAAGCGAAGGAACGAGAAGAGAAGCGUCUUGCUCGACUAGCAUUACAGGAGAGUAAGAGAGUUAAGAAAGAGAAGAGUGAGUUUGUUAGUCCUUCGGGAUAUGGGAUGCCAAAUAGACCGGAGAACUAUGGCAGUCCCGGACCCCGCGCUCCACCUGAUUAUCAAGAACAAAGGUUUCCAGUCACUCCUCGCUUGCAGGUGCGGCCGGAGCUGCGCGGCGUGGCGCGCGAGGGCGCGCUGUCGGUGGCGGGCUCGCCGCAGCCCUUCAAGCCCGCGCCCGACGAGCCCAGCGUCAUCACGCGCAUGCCGCACAUGCUCAACCAGCAGUACAGAAAAAAACAAACUCCCCCAGAACGGCUCGUCACCGCGGGGGUUUUAGACGAAAACCCUUCAAACCAAUUAAAAUAUUAUAUUGCAACAUUCAAUCUUCGGUCACUAGCAAAUGAGAUGAGAAUAAUUGAAUUAGAAUACGCUAUAUCACAAAUUAAAUGGGAUAUCAUUGGAUUAGCAGAAGUUAGAAGAGAGGGAUAUAGAAUAGAAGAUAGGGGCAGCUACCUACUUUAUUAUUUUGGUAAAACAAAAGGCGAAAAAGGAGUGGGAUUUUUAGUAAAAAAACAAAGAGGGACAGAAGUACACGAGUUUAUCGCUUUAUCGGAGAGAGUUGCUCUACUUCAAGUUAAUAUCUACGGAACUAUGUUUAGUCUUAUACAAGCCUACGCCCCCACUACUGCAGCUUCCGAAGCAGAGAUAGAGAAUAUGUACAAUGAUCUAGAUGAAGCCAUCAAAGACGAAGAUGACGUACAAAAGUUGAAUAGUAAACUAGAAACAAUACUGCAUAGUUGCCAGAGGAACCCCGAAAAAACUAGAUCUAACUUAAAAAACCCAAAUAUCAUUACACAAGAAAUCAAAGACUUAAAUAUAGAGAAAUAUGCUCUCAAAAAUAAGAAAAAUAAAACUAAACAAGAAAAAAUAGCACUGAAAAAAACUGGCGGUAUUAAAAAGGCCUAUAGAGAGACAGAUAAUACAAAACAGCUAAUGACACAGCUCUUUGACAGCUCCGGAACUAUUGUCACGCAUAGACGCGACUUGAUGAAGGUGACUACCAAUUUCUACAAAGAUCUCUAUAAAAACGCAAACAAGACUGAAGAAAUCCCUCUACGCAAGAUACACAAUAAUGACUCGGUACAACAAAUUCUAGAAAGUGAAGUGGAUUUAUCUAUAAAAAACUUAAAAUUAGGAAAAAGUCCAGGUCCAGAUGGAGUGACGAAUGAGAUGAUCAAAACUGGAAAAAAAACAUUAAUAAAACCAAUUACAAAGCUAUUUAAUCUAGUUCUAUAUAAAAAAGAACUACCAGAAUCUUGGACUUUUUCCGAAAUAGCUUUACUAUACAAAAAAGGAGAUCCAAAAUUAGUAUCAAAUUAUAGGCCCAUCAGUCUCAUCUCAUGCUUAUACAAAGUAUUCGCGUCUAUAAUAUUAAGGCGUCUAACAAAAAAAAUUGAUGAAAAUCAAUCGAUAGAGCAGGCUGGUUUCAUGAAAAAUUACUCCACAAUAGAUCACAUACUUACUCUGAAACUAAUAUUGGAAAAAUACACAGAAUAUAACUUACCUCUUUAUAUCGCAUUUGUUGACUAUUCAAAAGCAUUCGACUCUAUAUCACACAACUCUAUCUGGAACGCAUUAAACGAGCAAGGAAUUGAAGGCGAAUACAUAGAACUUAUAAAAAAGAUCUACAUGAAAAGUAUGGCACGGGUACGGUUAGAAAAACCGGGACCUAAAUUUCGAAUAGAGCGAGGAGUAAAGCAAGGUGACCCGCUAUCUCCAAAACUAUUUAUAUCUGUUUUAGAAUCUGUUUUUAGAAAUCUCAACUGGGACAACCUUGGCAUCAACAUAAAUGGUAGGUUCCUGUCACACCUUAGAUUCGCAGAUGACAUCGUUCUACUUUCAGAAAACUCAACACAGCUAGAGUAUAUGCUAGAAUCUCUUAACUACUACAGCGAAAAGGUCGGAUUACAAAUAAACAGAGAAAAAACUAAGGUCAUGACAAAUAGAAACGAAAACCCCAUAUUGAUGCAAACAGUUAAAAUUGAUUAUGUAGAAGAAUAUGUGUACCUGGGACAUCUCAUAGCGUUCAAGUCAUGUGAGGACAAGGAAGUCGACCGAAGAAUAAAAUGCACGUGGAAUAAAUACUGGUCUAUGAAAGAGAUAUUUAAAGGUUCCUUACCCAUCAAUUUAAAAACAAAAGCUAUGAACAUCUGCCUAGCCCCUACCUUAACAUACGGAUGUCAAACCUGGACACUGAAAAAAACCCACUUACAUAAAAUUAGAACAUGUCAAAGAGCAUUAGAAAGAAGUUACAUGAAUAUAAAAUUAAAAGAUCGAAUAAAUAACACAAUAAUCAGGAAAAAAUCUAAAGCCAUGGACAUCGUAAGGCGGAUUAUGACACUGAAAUGGAGGUGGGCUGGUCACAUUCUGAGAGUAACUGAAACGAGAUGGUUACAAAGUAUAAUAGAUUGGUACCCACGAGAUAAGAAAAGAAGACGAGGUAGACCAUACAAGCGAUGGAGUGAUGACUUGGUCGAAGCGGCUGGAACGCUGUGGACCAGACUGGCGCGGGACAGAGCUUACUGGAGUGGUCGUCAAAAAUCGAAAACAAAAUUUCUAUUCGACCUAUCGAGAAAAUGGCUAUGGACUAUGUUGCUCCUCGCCGUGAUAAUAGAUUGGGAGAAGAGUAAAUAUCUCGUGUUGUUCCUCGCCGCGGUGUCACAUUGGGAGUGUCUCGCCGUGGCCGCCGCCUGCGUCGCUGGGGGUUCCAUGAUGUACUCAGGUGGAAAUCCUCCGUACGGGCCGCGUGGGCAAGGCGUGCCAAUGUAUCAGAUGCACCCCGGCCUCAACCAGGGCGCGCGGCCGCAGUACCCGCAGUACUACUCGCAUCUACAGGCGCUGCCCGGCUACCCGCGUGGCCCGCCCGCCUCCUCGCACGGGCCGCCCGCCUCUCCACACGGGCUCAUGCACGGCCCGCCCCCUCCCUCCUCCCCACACGGGCACAUGCACGGCCCACCCCCUCCCUCCUCUCCGCACGCGCAUAUGCAUGCGCCACCCUCUUCCCCACACUCGCACAUGCACGGCGCGCCGACUCCCUCCUCACCGCACGGGCCGCCGCACCGCCCUCCCGUGUCCUCCCCGCUCGGCCUGCCCUCGUCCCCGCAGGCACCUUACGGCCCGCCCGGUCCUCACCCGCACGGCCUCCCGCCCGGGUUGCGACCGUCAGUAUCCGGCCCGCACGCAAUGCUCCGACCACCCGCUCACCUCGUCAGGCCGGAGUUGCAGGGCGUGCACCCCCCCGGCCCCGGGCCCCACGUGUCGCCGCACGGCCCGGCUGGCCUGCCACACGGCCACUCCGGUCUCAUGCACGGCCCUCCCGGUAUGCGGCCGUCGCACCCCCUCGGUCCGGUCAGCAUGCCGCACGGCCCGGCGUCGUCCCCGCACGCCCCGCCUGUGGGGCCGCAUCAGAAUUCUAUACCACGAGCCCUAGUACCGGGCAUGGUGGCAGGUAUGCGCGCAUCCGGUCCGGCGCCCCCCGGUAACGCAGUGCGAGUUCCUACUCCCGGAGCGCCAUCGGUGUCGCCGGCGUCGGUGCCGUCUGGACAGAAAUCACCGACAACAAGUUCCUCGUCGGACGUCGGUGGAGAACCACCUGUCACUAUCAAAGCGGAAGUUAAAACUGAACCCGAGUAUCAAUCUCCGCCAGUUUCGCCUACGGGACGCUCGGUAUCACCAGAACCUCCUAGAAAUCACCCAAAAAUUAAGCACACAGAAAACAAGGAUGGAAGACCUCGCUACCCGUUGGGACCAUACGCGCCUCAAUAUGGUCCCUAUGGACCCUAUGCACCGCAUUCCCAAUCUAACCCGCCUUCUCAAGAGACCCUGCUAAAUCUUCAGACAAAAAUACAUCAGAAUCCCAUGCAACAACGUAUGCCCUCCAACAUCCGGCCGUUUAUGACGAGUAAUAUGAGUGAUAUGAAGCCGGGCGAUUCUAUUCCUAGGCCAGGUUUGGAACGACCUCAGUUUAGCGAAAUUCGACCAACAGGUCCCGAAAGACAAUUAAUGCCUCACGAUCCUUCGAGAAUGUCACAUCUUGACAGACCAUUGAUGCUUAAUGAAAUGCUUCGUCCUCCGGGACCCAAUCAAAGUGUCCACGACUUGCCAAGGCCGCCGUCGUCUGAGAGAGUAACCCAUGACAUAAUCAGACAACCUAGUUUCGAAAGACCUAUGCAAGAUAUGCUUAGACAUCCCGGUCCAGAUAGAUCGCCGAUACAUGACAUGUCUAGAUCGCAAGUACUCGAUCGACCAUCAUCACAAGAUAUGGCAAGACCGCCUGGAGCCGAUAGACCACCGAUUCAAGAUGCAUCAAGACCUCAAGGUGAUCGUCAGCUAAUGCAUGAUAUUCAAAGAGCGCCUGAUAGACCUAUGACUCAUGAAAUGUCGAGACCUCCAGGUCUAGAUAGACCAUUGACACAUGAGAUGCCAAGAUCGCCAGGACUUGAUCGACCAUUGACACAUGACAUUGUGAGGCCGCCCGGUCUGGAUCGACCUAUGACGCACAACUUGCCGAGGCCGUCAGUUCCAGACCGAUCUAUGAUGCACGAUAUUCCGAGACCGCCCGGUCCAGAUCGACCUUUGAUACAUGACGGUUCGAGACCUGAUCGAUCUUUGAUGCAUGAUAUGACGAGACCUCCCGGUUCAGAUCGACCCUUGAUACACGAAAUGAUACGACCUCCAGGGUCAGAACGUCAGUUUGUUCACGAAAUGCCUAGACCUCCGGGGCCGGAUCCGGACCGACCAAUGAUGCACGACAUACCGAGAGUUCCCGGUCCGGACCGGAUAAUAAUGCACGAUAUGCCGAGAGCUCCCGGUUUGGACAGGUCUACGAUGCGCGACAUGCCAAGAGUGCCCGGUCCAGACAGGCUCAUGAUACACGACAUGCCGAGAACUCCCGGACCGGACAGGCCCAUGAUGCACGACAUGCCGAGAGCACCCGGUCCUGAUAGGCCCAUGAUGCACGACAUACCGAGAGCGCCCGGUUCGGAUAGGCCCACGAUGCACGACAUACCGAGAGCCGCGGGUCCGGAAAGGCCCAUGAUGCACGACACGCCGAGAGCUCCCGGUCCGGACAGACCCCUGAUGCAGGAUAUACCAAGAGCUCCCGGUCCAGACGGAUCCAUGAUGCACGACAUGCCUAGGGUACCUGGUCCAAAUCGCCCUAUGAUACAUGACAUGCCGGGGGCCCCCGGUCCGGACCGGUCCAUAAUGCACGAUAUGCCGAGGCCCCAAGCCCCUGAAAGACUGAUGGGGCACGAUCUAUCUCCACAUUACUCGUACAUGCGACCGCAGGGACGACCGUAUGGAAUGCCUAUGCGGGCACCGCUCCCCGGCCGCGCUAGCCCCCACUACGGCCCUUUUCAGGACAUGCAUAGAGUAGAGAAGCAACAGAUACCCAUCCGGGACUCCGUUUUAACCCCCACCAGAACUGAAAACGAAGACAAAGAGACCGAGCGAGAGAGCGAAGCGGAAUCGCCGAAUGACGACGACCGGGCCUCGCCUCCCGAAACCAAGCCGCAGUUCCUCAAAAUACCAGAAGCUGUAAAUAAGUUCCCGGAUGGUAAAAUGGUGGCCGUGAAGGUGGAGGGCGAAGAGCGAGAUGGGCGCGAAGAGGGCAGCGUGUUCGGGGGCCUCGUAAGCUACUUCUCCAGCCAGCGGGAAGACGACUUAGACGCGUAGUGACCACUUGUACAUAUAAUAUAGAUAAUUUUAUUUAUACCGAUGGCUCUAGCUGCCUAGUGACGUACGCUAUGUAUGAUAUUUUAUGAAGUAAAAAAUAUUUAGUUCGACGAUGUUUUAUGAGUCUUUUUGGUCUCGAAUAAAAGCGAUGUAUUAUUUUGUUUACGUUUAAGUGAGAUUUAUUUAUACAGAGAACGAUAAGUACUUACGGUAUACUCCAAAUACGAAUUCUAUUAAAGAUCGAUAAUUUCUUUUUGCAAAUAAAUGUUUUCUCCUA